AUGUUUAUAGAUGACCAGAAAAAAGAAAACACCGUAAAAUCGACCAAAAGGGAUAUUAAAAUUUUUACGGAGUACCUAUUCGGACAAGGGGAAUUCAGAUUGAUUGAAAACAUUCCACCAAAAGAAUUGGACGUUUUAUUAUCAAAUUUUUACAUCGAUGCACGAAAGAAGGACGGUGAUGAAUACGAACCAGGAUCCUUACAGUCCAUUAAGUGUAGUUUAGAUAGAUAUCUCCGUGACCAUGACCGGGAUUAUAGUGUGAGGGAUCGAAUUUUUUUGUUGUCUAACUGCACUUUGAACGCAAAGAAAGUCUCUCUAAAGAAAGAGGGAAAAGGACAAAAGCCAAAUGCUUCACGAGCUGUGACAGGAAAGGAAGAAAACAUGAUGUGGGAGAAGGGGCAGCUGGGAGAAAAAUCACCUCGAGUUCUUCAGUUUUCACUAUGGUUCUUUUUUACCAAAUGCUUUGGACUACGAGGUCGACACGAACAUAGACAACUUUGCUUUGGUGAUGUUGAACUUAGAAGUGACCCAGUCACUAGUAGAGAGUACCUUGCAUUUAAUGAACGUUUGACGAAAACAAGGGAUGGUACUGGUAAAGAAAACAUGAGGAAAGUCAAACCAAGACUAUAUGCAACUGAAACAGAUCGAGAUCCAGUUGAACUCUACAAAACAUUCAUAAAGCGACGUCCGAUGCAGGUAAAUUCGCCCAACAAUCCAUUCUACUUGACAUGCAUUCCUGCAUCCCGAAUACCUCCUGGUGCUGACAUUUGGUUUUAUCCUAAACCAAUGGGGGAAAAUUACUUAGGAAAACUUAUGUCAAUGGCUGCUAAGGAAUGUGGCAUAGAACACAAGACAAACCAUAGUGUGCGGAAAACUUGUGUUAAAACACUUAGGAAAGCCGGAGUUGCACGAGAUAAAAUCAAACAUAUUACGGGCCACAAAAGUACACACACAUUGGAGUCGUAUGACGAUGGCUUGUCAGACGACGAACAAAUUAUGAUGUCUGAUAUUCUGACAGGAAAGGAUGAAGCUAAGCCAUAUGCUCUCGGAGCCCAGGGAAAAUAUUCUUUGGAUACAGUUCCUACCACAGUUACAGAGAAUGAUCCUCAAUGCCCUCAAUCCACUCACAGUUCUAGUCUCGGAACAGGGACACUUUCGAAUUUGUUUGGUAGUGGGACUGUUCUUCACAACUGCACAUUCAAUAUCAAUGUCAACAUGGCACAAGGAUUUCAAAAGUGA